AUGGUUAGAGUACCAGCUCCCAAAACUGCUGGAGAAGUUAGAAGUUUUCUGGGAAUGGCCAACACUUGCCACGAAUAUAUUCCAGAUUAUGCAACUAUUACAGCACCUCUAAGAGAACUAACCAAGAAAAACAUUGCGUUUAAGUGGGAAAAUAGACAUCAGAAAGCAUUUGAGCAACUGAAAAAGAAACUAACAAGUACCCCAGUUAUGGCAUAUUUCGAUACAAAGAAGCGAAGUCUAGUAAUCGUAGAUUGCUCCCUUUAUGGAAUUAGUGCAAUACUAGCACAGAAAGAACAUCACAGCCAGCAGUACAAAAUCCUUUCCUAUGCAAGCAGAGCACUCAGCCCAGUUGAGACAAGAUACUCUCAAACAGAUAUUGAAGGACUUAGCUUA